ACCCCGCCAUCGCCUUCCGCACCGCCGCCGCGUCCCGGCUGUGCUUUUACCGGCGGAGCCGCAGUCGCACCCCGGUGUCUCAGGCUGGCGGCCGGCCCUGCGGCCAGCGGCGGGAGCUCCGCCUCUGCGAGCGGCGGCGGCGGGAUGCGGUCGGUCAGCUACGUGCAGUGCGUGGCGCUCGACUUCGGCAGCAAUCUCUUCCCGCAUGCCAUCUGUCUGGGGGACGCCGACAACGACGCGCUGAAUGAACUGGUGGUGGGAGACACCAACGGUAAACUCUAUGUUUACAAGAAUGAUGACAGCAAACCCUGGGCUGUGCGAUCUUGCCAAGGAAUGCUCACAUGUGUUGGUGUGGGAGAUAUAUGCAAUAAAGGAAAGAAUCUUGUGGUGGCAGUGAGUGCAGAAGGCUGGUUUCAUCUAUUUGACCUGACUUCUCCAAAGCACCCAGAUGUUUCAGGACACCAUGAGGUUGCUGGAGCAGACGAGCAGAAGCCAGUGUUCAAGCAGCACAUUCCUGCCAACACCAAGGUCAUGCUGAUCAGUGACAUUGAUGGAGAUGGGAAGUGUGAGUUGGUGGUGGGUUACACUGACAGGGUGGUACGUGCCUUCCGCUGGGAGGACUCAAUGGAGAAUUCAGACCAUGUCUCUGGGCAGCUGCUCCUGCUGAAGAAAUGGCUGCUUGAAGGUCAGGUGGACAGCCUCUCUGUGAACCCAGGUCCUGAUGGCUCACCAGAGAUGAUGGUGUCUCAACCAGGCUGUGGUUAUGCCAUCCUGCUGUGCACCUGGGGCUCCGAGCAGCAGGCCGCUGCGGAGGGAAGAGACAGCUCUGCCUCAAGCAGUGAGGCUCCUAUUCGGGAUGUUAUUCUACACCAGACAUCUGGACGGAUUCAUAACAAGAAUGUUUCCACUCAUCUUAUUGGUAGCAUUAGCCGAGGUCGCUCUGGUGAGAACAGUGGCUCGGGUCUCUUUGCCCUCUGUACUCUGGAUGGGACCUUGAAACUCAUGGAGGGAGCAGACAAACUGCUCUGGUCUGUGCAGGUGGAUCACCAGCUGUUCGCUCUGGAAAAGCUGGAUGUUACUGGCAAUGGGUGUGAGGAGGUGAUUGCCUGUGCAUGGGAUGGUCAGACAUACAUCAUCGACCACAAUCGGACUGUUGUCAGAUUUCAAGCAGAUGAGAAUGUUGGUGCAUUCUGUGCAGGCCUCUAUGCAUGCAAAGGAGGAAUCAACAGUCCCUGCCUGGUUUAUGUCAGCUUCAAUCAUAAGAUCUACAUCUACUGGGAUAUCCAGCUGGAAAGAAUGGAGUCUACCAACCUGUUGAAAAUCCUGGAUUCUGACCCAGAGUUUGGGUAUCUCCUGCAGCAGCUUGGCGUGGAAAGAAGUGAUGUUUCUGCUGUCAAAGAUCUAAUUCACAAAACACUCUAUUUUCCUGAGGAAGAGCAGCAGAGCAGCUCUUCACAGGAUCAGGAUCCUGCUGGAACAGAGUCCUCUGACCACUAUGCUGUCAUCUAGAAUCCCUUAUAACAAGUCACAUGGAGGGUGACAUUUUUAAUACCAACACAAACUCUACUGCAACUGGAACUGGGCGUCUAAUGAGGAUGAGAGUGUGCUUUUCCUGUCUCUGUCAAAGCUCCUGGACACCAAAGGGUGUACAGGCUGGGUUCUGUGGAGUGAUGUGCUUGGCUGUAGGCUUGAGUGAGGGUGGUAGGUUGAUAAGCUUAGGAAGCUACCAGAACAGCAAGAGUCUAGGGUCCUGCUCAUUUGCCUUCCACUACCAUUUCCCACACUCUUUGCUAGCUGAAGUGCUUUAUGAGUGGCUGUGAAGGAGCACUGAGGACAUAGAUAGGGAGAGCAUAGCUGAGCUCAGUCUCUCUUUUGGCCUAUUCGUACAAUUGCUGUAGUGAUUAAUUCUGAGUCGUUUGCAGUUUCACAGUGCAGGAACUGCAGAUGGAGGAAUUGAGUUAGGGAGCAGGCAAGAGCCUUCUUUCCCAUUUAGCUGUGUUUUUAAAGUAGGCUUAGGCAUUGUUUGCCUUUGUUCUGCUGCAGCUCUCCUACCAGUUUAUCACAAACUACCUCCUGUUCUGAGGAGCUGGAGACAUUAAUGAGAACCUUAUGAGUGGGUUGCAUAUGAGUCAGAGCAAAGGUAAUUCAGAAAAUUCCCUUUAGCAAAUGGUAACAUUUAAAGGUCCUCCAGGAGCUCUCAAGUCAAAAUCAUGCUGAUGUAGUGGUCAGAGCAGCAGGGCUUCAGUGUGUCAGCUAUGAAGAGCUGAUAGACCGUCUACUGUUGGGCUGAAGCAAGGAGUUGUCUUGAAGCCUGUCAGCUUUGGACUUAAAUCUCAAGAAAUUGUCAUCUCUAAUGAUGAUGGUAUGUACAGCUACUCAUCCCAGUGGGUUAUCACCGCUGUUUCUGGCAAAUUAGUUAGUAUGACUCCUUGUGCCCUCAUCAGUCUCAUAGUCCCUUUCUAAUGAGGCUAUAUCUUGCUGGGGCUGUUAACUAGAUCACAGUAUAUUAGUUUCUUGAUAUUUUCAGGUUUCUGUUUCAAAACACCUAAAGCUGCUCUUCCUGAUUAUUAGACAAGUAAGGGUUCUCCGUUCUCUCCCUUCAGGUGAGUUAGUAAAGUAGCAUUUGCAACACUUACUUCCUCCCCUUGGGGCCCAGCUGAGUUGGGGAGAAGCAGGUAUCCCUACAGGUGGGGUGAACACGUUGAUUUCAGUGCAUUCUCUGUUACUUUCCACCUAGCACUGUUGCUACCUGAUUUUAAUUUUACACUCCAAAAUCCGUGGAACUGACACAGUGGGACCACAGCAGAGCAGGACUCUGCAGAACAGUCUACAGAAGCAUACAAUAGAAAUUAGGUUGUAGUAAUAUCCCUGAACAGGCCUGUUGGCAAAUGCUGUUUCUAUCCAGGACACAGACUGCUGUAAUUCUUCAUAUUAAAGGUUGUGUAUUUUCUUGUCCUGCUCCCCUCACCCCCAGUUCUGUGGCUUGUGUCUCUUCCACUGGUGACAGAAACAGGAUGGUUGCAAGCAAGAAAAAUGCAUAAUACCUUAAUUUUCAGUCAUGUCUCACACAACCUGGCAUGUGUACUGUUGCACGAGUUGUUUUGCUUUGUGUGCUUUGACAAAAACUGAUGGAGUUCUAUUAAAACUUGUGCCUACCAUGGCCCCAUU